GUUGCAAUUAUUACAUUUCCCCGUUCCCAACGCCCAAACCCUGCUGUCUGCUUUCCUGGGCGCUUCUUAAACCGAUUGCCACCCGCUGCCCUAAUUCGCACCAUGGCGCUCUCCGGACUCCCACGCUUCCUCGCCUCCAGAACCUUGGGUAGAGCUGCUGAAGUAAAGGCACCACUAUGGUUGAUUACGCAUGAAAUUUCUACAUCUGGACCUGAUCUUGUAACUGAUGCUGGGAGCACCUCAUUUAGAAGAUAUGCAAAGUACACAGUUUUCAAAGGAAAAGCUGCAUUGUCGUUGGAACCAGUUCUACCAACUAUCCGUGAAGUGGAUUCAAGGAGUUCUAGAGUUUUUAAGAGAGGCUGUGUUGUGCUGAAAUUUUAUCCUGCAAUUGCACUGCAGAAGUAUGAUUGGAAAAGGAGGCAGGUCUUUGCUUUAUCACCUACUGAAGCUGGAAACUUAAUUGCUUUGGGUCCUGAUGAAUCAUGUGAAUUCUUACAUGAUCCUUCAUUGAAAUCAAGUCUUGAAGGUCAAGUGAGGAAAUCACUACAAGUUUCCCCCUCGGCCAAUGACAAGGGAUAUUUCCUAAACUUGAUGGUUGCAAACAAAAUCCAGAAUACAAAUGAGCGGCUUUCUAUUUCAGUUACUAAAGCUGAGUUCGCUGUCAUUCGCACAAUAUUAACUUAUAUAUUGCCACAUAUUAUAGGCUGGUCACAGGCCAGGAGAUCGCAAUUGCCUGGCACUGCAUCAAACCUGCACAAGCAAUUUGAGAGGCGGCUAGAUCCUGCUUCCAAAUGGGAAAACUAACUUAGAUCUUGGUUUUCCAGAUGAUCUGUUAGUUACAACAAAUCAGGCUCAUGUUUUGAACUUGUUGGACGCUCGAUAUGGUCCACAAGAAUUUAUAUUGAACAUCAGUAGGUUAAAUCACAAAGGCAUGGAAAUUGUAUGUUUUGGUGCAACUUUCCCUAAAAUGAAGGCAAUAACUUACGGUUCAAUGGUUUUUUUUACCUGUAGUAACUUUGAUUUGCUGACGCACUGGUAUUGGUGAUUGAAGCAUCAAUUUCUCUAUGAA